AUGUCUUUAUCGGUGAGGAGUCAAAGUCAAGAUAAUAAAGUCCUCUCAGAUCUGUCUGAGAAGAAGUCAUUUUUCAAACCUUUCCAGCAAGAUAAGGAUCUUGAUGAUAAUCUAGUUUCUUUCGACCAUGAAAGAGAAUUCGUACAAGAUCCUACUAUUGGAUCUAGUAUCAAAUUGGAUGGUUCAGAUGUGAUAAAGUUUUCAGUUCGUGUUGACGAAUCUUUCAGACUAAUUUACGAUAAAAAUAAUAAUGCUUUAAAAGAUGGUUCCAACACUCAAAAUAAAAGUGAAGAGGCAGACAGUGAGAAUAUAGAUAUCAUCGAAGGGGAGUUUUACUGGAAAAAGCUCAAUAGAUUGCUUGAUGAGGACAUUCUUCAUGUAUUCGAACCAAGAACUUCACAUUUCAUAGAUUUCAUUAAUUGCCUCGGUGAUGUCCCUGAUUUAUCAGAUACAGAGUCAUCAAGUGGAUUCCUAGUUAACGAAGAAGAUAUAGUAGGCAAACACAAAGAAUACGACAUUGAGAACAGUUUAGCAGAUCUUGGUGAGGUCAUUUUGCAAUGGGAUAUGGUAUUAGGUAUCUUUCAAAAGGUUAAAGAUUUGGACAUUGAAAUGGAUGUACUAGAAAAAAGUAUAGACCUAGUAGCGAGAUUUGUAAACGCUUCCCCAGAUAAUACUCUCUCAGUACUACUCAAAAAAGCUAAAGAGGAAAUUGAUAAUUCUGAAUGUAAAUUUGUUGAAGGGAGGGGCAAUUGUUUGGCAUCUAUCUUAGUACUUCAAACUGUUUCCCAAGUGCCACAACAAUUGUUGAAAAGUCUUUUCUUUGAAGUUCAGGGCCAGAAUCUAUCAUUAUUGGAAUUGAAACAUUUGAAAGUCAGUUACAGUUUUUUGUUGGUGUACCAUAUGAAUAUGACGUUGUUGAGGAAGAUUUUCGAAACAUGUCUAAGUAUGGGUUGUUCUUCUCAGAACGUAUUACCAUGCCUUGAAGGAUUUAUCUGGAAUGCCAUAGAGAUGGACAAAUCUGAUCUAAUAAUGAGGAUGGAAGAAGCAUUUUGGAAAUGGAAUCAAAAUGACAGAUUUAUUGGGCAAGAAAAAGUUCAAUCUUGGUGCAUCGAAUUAAUAACAAAGAUGGAGACACAAUUUAAUAAAGAUGCUGAUAAGUGCAACGAUGAGGAUGCGUUAAUGAAUAUCAAGGACAAGUACAAUCUUGCCAAAUUGUUCAUAAAUGAAUUCAACGACAUGUUAUUUUCUACCCGUGGUGUUAACAUGAACACUUUAGCAACUCGGGAAUAUACUGAUAUAUUGACCAGAUUUGCUAAUAGCUUAGAGACAAGAAUGUCAGGAUUGUUUCAAAGAGAUUUGUAUAGUUUACAAAGAUCCAUAUCUUUUUUGCUAACAGAAUCUGAGUUCGAAAGCUCUGUGAAAUCACUGAACGUCACUCUGAUUGUAGAUGCAAUAUCUAAACCAUCCAUGGACCCGUCCUCAAUUGUUGCCAAUCCCGGUACAAUAGUAGAACGUGUAUCAACAUCUUUGUCGACUAGAGAGGCACAAGAGGUGGAAACUAACCAAAACCAGGAAUUGAUCCUAACUGAAGAAAAUGCUACUCAAAGAGCUAUAAUAGAAUGCGACACUAUGCGAUAUGAUGGAUCGGUUUACUUUCAACCAAAACCUGUUGGGUGGAUAGAAUAUUUAACUACCAUGCCCGACAACGGAUAUAGAUAUAAACUCUGGUUGAAAAUCCAAAAAUGGAAAAAAGCAUAUCUCCAUUGGUCAACCAAACGUUCGGCAAGCAAUACUAUGAGGCUGUUUGAAACUGAAGUUGCAAAUCAAAUUCGUAAUGGAUUAAGGUUCCAUGAAGAAUAUCAAAACACUACGUACGGUGACAUGGAUCCUCCGAAUCAACCACGGUUUAGUAAACUAAACGAGAAAAAGAGGAAACUCAUGUUCAAGUUCUUUGGUGAUGAUGAGAAUGAUUUAUAG